AAAUCGUCUCGGAGAUGAUUUUUUCUUUCCCGUAUCAGUCUCAUGUCGCGUCUCCUCCAGCGACUUCACAUCGCCACCACCGCCGCCUGCUCCUCCGCCGCCGCCCCUUCCUCCUCCUCCACCGCCGCCCCUUCCUCCCUCUGCCACGCUCUUAUGCCGGCACCGGUCCGUUUCUUCACACAGGGGAGGCAGCCACACAGACGACCGGCGAUGGCGCUGCUUUUGUCCAGCACACUUGAGAGGUGACAGCCAUCUCUUCCUCCGCCGCAACGCUCUCCCUCUCCGAUCUGUUCGAGGGGUAGAAAAAGAAGAGGCAGAGAGAGGUCGACCCGGUCUUCUUGAGGGCAACAACGACGGUGACUGCUCGGACAUCAAGCACAGUUAUGAUGUUUGGAAGAAUGUCUCCGAAAGCAUGUCUAUUGCAGCAACAGAGGAAGGCAUCACCAAAGAGCUACAUCACACAAAAGAAGAAGGUUUCUCCGAAAGCUCAACAGCCAAGGGCUUCAUGGAAUCCAGGAUUAGAGAAGGCUUUAGUUGAUCUACUUCAUGAGCACAACAAUCCACAUUACCAUGGCCAAAAUGGUUGGACAAGUGAAGCUUGGAACAAAAUUGUCAAAGAAUUCCGUGACAAACAUCCCUAUGUCACCAUGAAUAAGCAGCAGAUCCAAGAUAAGGAGGAGUUAAAACGCGAUUAUAGGAUGCUAAAAGAAGCUGGGAAACAAAGUGGGGUUUCUUGGGACGAUCAACGGUGUAUGAUUAUUGCUGAUGAUGCUGUUUGGGCAAAUAUGAUUAAGUCAAAUGAUAAAGUAAAGAAAUACAGCAAAAACAAAUCUUUUCCUCUCUUUGAUGCGUUGGGUGAACUCUAUGACGGGCAAACUGCUGAGGGCAGCAUGAACUUCACUUCUAUCGAGUCGCCUAGACAUGCUAAUCUUACACAAAUGAGUGACUAUCUUGAGAGAAGUGACUCCUUUCCUGAUGUGAAUUGGGUUCCUCAAGAUUAUGAAGGCUUGACCACUGAAGUUGAAGAAGAAGAAAAUACAAUGGACCAUGAAAAUCAGCAAACCCACAUUGGUACCACCUCAAGAGGUUGUGGAGAGAAGGAUGGCAACAAGAGAAAAUCUGUAUCAAGAGAAAGGGUAGAUAAGCCUGUGAAAAGAAAUAGGAGAAAUGAUGUUUUUGAUUUGAUGGGAAGCUACUUACAGAUGAGAAAGGAGGAGGAGGCUAAGAUGAGGGUGGAGACAAGUAAAGUUGAUGAAUGCUCAAUAAGAAAUUGCAUUGCUAUUGUGGAAUUGAUGGAAGAUCUCUCAGUUGAUGAGAAAGUCAAAUCUUUUGGAAUAUUCAAGGAUGCCCAGAAUAGGGAGAUCUUCAUGAGUGCAGGGUCAUUGACUCGUCUUGUGUGGUUAAGAACAAUGCUGGAUACUGUUUUUCAGGUGAAGUCGUCAGGUUGUCAAGGAAACUAUCGUGCUCAUGGAACAGACCCCUGCAUCCUCGCUGUCUGAAUUCUUUUCUUUUCUAGCGAACAAAGAAAAAACGCGAUGGAGAAGUAUGUAGUUUUGCGAACUCGAGGCACCAUUUUUCCAUGAGCCAUCGACUGUUCACUUUCACUUUCGCCUAACGACAUUGUUUGAGCUGCUUCCAGAGUCAAAGUGUAACUAAGAUAAUCCUCUGUCCUUAAAAAAAUUUGAGAGAGAGACAACCAACAGGCCAUCAGUUUGUGCAUGCAAUAUGAGCCAGAUGGAUGCAUAUAUUAUUCAUAUGCCUAUUUGCCGAAAUGAUUCUUGUCAUAAUUACUGGUUCAUAGUUCUGGUUUGCAGUUUCAUAUUACUUUUUGCCAUUUUGUGAAACUGCAAAUCACUCAAAUCAUGUCAUAAUUACUGGUUCAUAGUU